CGACUCCAAGGAAUCGUGACAGUGAGCAGACAGAGCUGCAGCGGUCGUGACUCGCGGCACUGCAGAGGAUUGGCAGCGUGUUGUUUUUCCAACGGCGCGCCGACACCCCUGGAGCAGUCAGUGUGGCAAAACGAAUUAUAGCCAGUUAUUACAGUUAAACCCAUCGCAAUUUUUUUUGCAUACGCAAGAAAUAUGAGUCACGAAUGAGGUCUGCAGGAUGUCGUUAAAGGUAAUCUCCACGUUCUCCUGUUUUUCUGCAUAGGUAGCUGAGUUGACUCAACUCCACGGUAUAUAGAUAUCCAUAUUACAGGGAUCUAAACUAGAGCUACAGCUACUACUGCAUAGGCUAACUCUAAACAAGCUUGGAAUGAAUCUACUCACUACGAAUGCUUACUUUCUUUGCGGCCAUGGCUUCUAAUCUGUGCUGUUAUGAAUAGGCCUAUGAUGAGUUAUGCGCACGUAAUAGACCGCAGUGGCUUGCUCGCAAUAAUAACGUCUUUAAGGAAAUUAGAUCUGCUGCUUGACCUUCGAGUUCAAAACAACUAGGAACUUGGAAAUCUCCGACUUCUGACUUCACUGGGUUGAAAACAACAGGGAACUUGGAAAUAAACCAGCUCUGACUGGGAAAAAUCGAUUUGAAUGGUCAUCCAACUCGGGCCUCUUUCUAGAGCUCCGACUUUCCGACCUGAAGAUCACUGACAUCAUGAUUUGACCUCGUAUUUUCCGAGUUCCCAGUUGUUUUGAACGAGCAGUUAGUCAUGCCCUUAUGACCUGACUAACGUUAGCCACCUAGCCAAAGUUAGCAACAACAAAUUGGAAUUCGUAACAUAUCAUACGUUUUGGAAAUUCGUAACAUAUUGUAAUAUUUUUCACAAAUUUGUAACAUAUCAUAACAAAUGGAUGAUGGACAUCCACAAAUUAGUACAAACAAAACUAAGGCGUCUCGGAUUUACAUACAGAAUAAUACGAAAUGCUCUGAGACCAGAUGGCAGUGACAUGACAACCUAAUCAUAGCUAGGUUAGGGGAAGAGUUAGCGAAAAGGGUUAAGGUUAGGGUUAGCCAACGUGCUAAGUAGUUGCAAAGUAGCUAAAAAGUAGUACGUAUUUGAAAAGUUGCAAAAAUUAUAAAGUUGUCCGUGAUGAAAUUCAGACACAACCUUUGGGUUGCUAGACGUUUGCGUUAUAUGCCCACCGACACACCCACUUUUUAUUGUCUGUGUAAAAUUUACCCAGAUUCAUUUGGACCAACAUAAGUGGGUGGGAGCUAGACUCUUAGAGACCACACACAACCAGACCAGAGACCAUAUAACCACAACAUACCCAAUGCAAGAGCAUAAUCGAUGUGGGCAAAGAGCCUCUGUCCAUAUUGAUUCUCAUAUUGAUUGUGAACAGGAAGAGCCUGAAUGCAACUCAUUUGAAAUGGUUUUGUCUAUAACCUCCAUUGUCUGACCAAUACAAGCAAAGAAAUUGCUUGCCAAAUUUUGCCUUCUGAGAUGAUACUGUAGAUAGUGUCUUUUAGUCUGGUUACAGGUCUGUUAUCUGACACGUGUCUGUUGUAUCAUGUGUGUUUGUCCUGCAGAAGGAGACGCCCCUGGCUAACGCUGUGUUUUGGGCAGCUCGGAAGGGCAACUUAGCCCUGCUUCAGUUACUGCUCAACAGUGGCCGAGUGGAUGCCGACUGCAGAGACAGUGUACGGACGCUGCAUGCCCUGGCGGCUCAGCUGCACGCUUUACCUAUAAACCACCUGUGGUAGGAGAGAAAGAGAGAGCUACAACUUGUGUGUGUGUGUGUGUGUGUGUGUGUGUGUGUGUGUGCGCGGUUGUAUGUAUGUCUUAAUAAUGUGUUGUAGGUCCGCUCAUGUUCAGGUGCUUGCAGUUUCCAUGUGUCACAUCUAAUUGUUUAUUGUUGUGUGCUAUUUGAAAUGUAAUGCUAUGUCAAAUCUCCGCUGAUAAGUUCAAGUAUGUUUCAGCAACUUUCUUUAGAGAUUAGGGAAUGUGAAUGAUUGGGUGGAGCAUCAGACUAGGGGUGGUACUUUGGAGGGGUGUGUUAUGUUGUCUGGAGGAGAAUCAAAACACUUGCCAAACAAAACAAAACAUCUAGACCUCCAGGUUUAUUUCAUGUGCAGUUUGAAUGACAUGUAGACAAUGAUCUGACUGGACUGAGGUGUUGAUUGAUUGUGAUGCCUUGAUCUCUUUCCAGUUUGGCACCACAGCCCUGAUGGUGGCGUCCUACAGUGGCCACGGUGACUGUGCCAGGGAGCUGAUCAUGCAGGGAGCUGACAUUAACCUGCAGAGAGAGGUACGGUAGACUCCCACUUUAGUACACCUCGCUGUCAUUAUAAGAAAUACCUUGGUUUUAGUGCUGACCGUUGAUAAACUGCAACCAUCUGCUUUUCCAUAGAGUACACAGUACGGCGCCUGAAAUGAGCGUUGCAUUAUUGAUGUUGCUUUGAGACUAAAGUAGAAACAAUAAGCAGUAAAGAUGUUUGAAGCGUUGAGAAAAUGUGUAUGUCCUUUUAAGGUCUUUCUGACAUUGAAUGCAUGUUUCUACAAUCAGACAGGCUCCACUGCCCUCUUCUUCGCUUCCCAGCAGGGACACAAUGAAGUAGUGAAGCUCCUCUUUGAAUUUGGUGCCUCGACUGAAUUCCAGACAAAGGUAUGAGAGAGAGAGAGAGAGAGAGAGAGAGAGAGAGAGAGAGAGAGAGAGAUGAGGAGAGAGAGAGCGAGAUGAGGAGAGAGAGAGCGAGAAGAGGAGAGAGAGAGAGAGAGAGAGAGAGAGAGAGAGAGAGAGAUAGAGAGAGAGAGAGAGCGGAUAGAGAGAGAGAGCGAGGACGCCGAUCUCGCUCUCCGAUCCUUACUCGGCACGCUAGAGGCGAGCAGCGAGAGAUAUCUCUAUAGAGAUAUGUCCUCUCUCGAUCAGCGCUCGCUCGCUUCUCUCUCUUCUCUCUUCCUCCUCUUCUCUCGCUCUCUCUCGAGAGGCCUCCGAGGAGAGGAGAAGAGAUGAGAGAGAGAGAGAGAGACACUGCAGGAUAUGUGGCUAAUCUGUUGUCAUGGUUUGGCAGGAUGGUGGCACAGCCCUCUCUGCAGCCUGUCAGUAUGGCCACUCUAAGGUGGUAGACACUCUGUUGAAGAAUGGAGCCAAUGUUCAUGACCAGCUGCAUGUGAGCAUCCCUAACACCUAUCUCAUCUCACUAUGUCUGUCCUUUUCCCACACUCCUGCAGAGCCCCACAGUGUCCAAUGCUGUAGUCCACAACACACCAAAAUCCCAGUGGGAGACCCUCUCAGGUUACCGCUAAGUCAGACAUGAGAUGCAUUUUGUUUUAUGCACCACAUAGAAAGGAUUGGAUUGCUCAGUGUAACUAUGUUACAUGUUUGUAUGAAAACGAUACAGUAAGGCUUACAUGAAUUUCAACACAGUAGUGAUUCUCUGCUCACUACUAGUUCUGAUAUUGGUGAUUGACAAUUGUGUGUUUUUUGCCUCUGUGUCUCUCCUUUCUAUAAGGCAGAUGGCCCAUCUAUGACCCCUGUCAUACAUACGAUCCAUUGUACCCACAACAGUGCCAUUCUAUAUGUUACUAUUCAUGAACAAGCCAUACAUUGCAUAACUUUGUCAUGCAGUUGCUUUGCUGAUGUGACAUGUUUCUAAUAUCAUGCUCAGGAUGGUGCCACCCCACUCUUCCUUGCUUCCCAGGAGGGGCAUGUGACUGUCAUACGUCAACUGCUGUCAACUGGAGCCAAAGUUAACCACCCUAGGGAGGUGAGGCCACUCCCCCAUACAAUAAUAGAGGACUUCAUUAGAGGGACUGACUUCUUCAUCUCUCUUCUCACCCUCUUCCUGCUUGUAUUUUCUCUCCAUUUCACUUUUCUCCCUUCUCUUUCUCUCACCCCCUCCCUCACUAACCCCCCUCUCCAGGAUGGCACAGCCCCCCUGUGGAUGGCAGCCCAGAUGGGACACAGUGAAGUAGUGAAGGUUUUACUUCUGCGUGGUGCAGAUCGGGAUGCUGACAGAAAAGUAUGUUGUCCUUUAGCAACCCAGUGGGUACCCAGUGGGUUGACGAAGACAAGAUGAUUGUCCUCCAUCAAUAUAUUCAAUCAAGUCAUGUAUUGAAAUGGAUUUAUUUUUGUAAGGCUUAUUAUAUAUUGAAUGGGGAAUUAAAAUGUCAAUGUCUCAUGUUUCUUUUGAUCUUAUUGAAGGACGGGUCAACUGCAUUAUUCAAGGCAGCUUUCAAAGGACACAACAGUGUCAUUGAGGAGCUCCUCAAGUUUUCCCCUUCAAUGGGCCUUCUCAAGGUAAGAUAUCUAGGCAGUGAUGCUUGCUCUUUGUCGUCUCUUGACUCUGGCCAUGACCCAGAGGAGUAGUUUUUAUUCAGAAGUACACUACCAGUCAAAGGUUUGGACACACCUACUCAUUCAAGGGUUUUUCUUUAUUUUUACUAUUUUUUACAUUGUAGAAUAAUAGUGAAGACAUUAAAACUAUGAAAUAAAACAUAUGGAAUAAUGUAGUAACCAAAAAAGUGUUAAACAAAUCAAAAUAUAUGUUAUAUUUGAGAUUCUUCACAUAGCCACCAUUUGCCUUGAUGACAGCUUUGCACACUCCUGGCAUUCUCUCAACCAGCUUCAUGAGGUAGUCACCUGGAAUGCAUUUCAAUUAACAGGUGUGCCUUCUUAAAAGUUAAUUUGUGGAAUUUCUUUCCUUCUUAAUGCAUUUGAGCCAAUCAGUUGUGUUGUGACAAGGUAGGGGGGGUAUACAGAAGGUAGCCCUAUUUGGUAAAAGAUCAAGUCCAUAUUAUGGCAAGAACAGCACAAAUAACCAAAGAGAAACGACAGUCCAUCAUUACUUUAAGACAUGAAGGUCAGUCAAUAUGGAACAUUUCAAGAAGUUUCUUCAAGUGCAGUCGCAAAAACCAUCAAGUGCUAUGAUGAAACUGGAUCUCAUGAGGACCACCACAGGAAUGGAAGACCAAGAGUUACCUCUGCUGCAGAGGAUAAGUUCAUUAGAGUUACCAGCCUCAGAAAUUGCAGCCCAAAUAAAUGCUUCAAAGAGUUCAAGUCACAGACACAUCUCAACAUUAACUGUUCAGAGGGGACUGUGUGAAUCAGGCCUUCAUGGUCGAAUUGCUGCAAAGAAACCACUACUAAAGGACACCAAUAAUAAGAAGAGACCUGCUUGGGCCAAGAAACACGAGCAAUGGCCAUUAGACCGGUGGAAAUGUGUCCUUUGGUCUGGUGUCCAAAUUUGAGAUUUUUGGUUCCAACCGCCGUGUCUUUGUGAGACGCGGUGUGGGUGAACGGAUGAUCUCCUCAUGUGUAGUUCCCACCGUAAAGCAUGGAGGAGGUGGUGUUAUGGUGUGGGGGUGCUUUGCUGGUGACACUGUCAGUGAUUUAUUUAGAAUUCAAGGCACACUUAACCAGCAUGGCUACCACAGCAUUCUACAGUGGUACGCCAUCCCAUCUGGUUUGGGCUUAGUGGGACUAUCAUUUGUUUUUCAACAGGAUAAUGACCCAACACACCUCCAGGCUGUGUAAGGGCUAUUUGACCAAGAAGGAGAGUGAUGGAGUGCUGCAUCAGAUGACCUGGCCUCCACAAUCCCCCGACCUCAACCCAAUUGAGAUGGUUUGGGAUGACUCGGACGGCAGAGUGAAGGAAAAGCAGCCAACAAGUGCUAAGCAUAUGUGGGAACUCCUUCAAGACUGUUGGAAAAGCAUUCCAGGUGAAGCUGGUUUAGAGAAUGCCAAGAGUGUGCAAGGCUGUCAUCAAGGCAAAGGGUGACUAUUUGAAGAAUCUCAAAUAUAAAAUAGAUUUUGAUUUGUUUAACACUUUUUUGGUUACUACAUGAUUCCAUAUGUGUUAUUUCAUAGUUUUGAUGUCUUCACUAUUAUUCUACAACAUAGAAAAUAGUACAAAUAAAUAAAAACCCUUGAAUGAGUAGGUGUGUCCAAACUUUUGGCUGGUACUGUAUAUUGUGAAACAUUGUAUUGUAAAACAUUGUCAGUGUUUUAGUGAAAAGAAACAGCCAUUAGUUACAAGUGGCCUCACCAUUCCAUUUCUCCAGAAUGGUUCCACAGUCCUCCACGCUGCUGUCAUGGGUGGCAAUCAUAAAAGUGUAAAACUUCUGCUCGGGGCCAAUGCAGACCCCACGCUACCCAACAAGGUAAAUCACAGCAGUGUGUACAAGGGAGAAGAAGAAAAGCAGAGGAGAAGGAUGCAUUUUAGGAUGUCGUUCGGGUUGAUUAUUUUGUAAUGACUUGUUUUGUUUUCUUUGCAGAACAAUGAACUACCAGCAGAUCUUACAAAGAGUGAUCGCAUCCUGAGUGCUCUGCGACCGCAAAUCUUAAAUGGAAGUAUAUGAUGAAACCCUAGUUCCCACCUUAGACCAUGGUUGUUUUAUGGAGAGAAAUGCGCUGAGGGCUCCGAACAACAGAGAACAAACCAACAGGAUUCAGUCACACUACAAUACUUAUGGUUCUUGCUUUCAUUUGCAGCUUCAGAAAAUACAAUGCUAUUUGGAGUAACCGAAACUGGACAUAUCUAUGAGGAUGGUUCAAUAUGUAGCCUACUACCAAAAUGCAUCCGUUUGUGGCUAGAGUUAUUUUGCCAUGUACAUCCUUUCCUUUGAGGUGUUGUUCUAACUUUGCUGUAUAGUUUCUGUUUCUAAAAUAUUUUAUCCCUGGUGCUGUAAUAUUUCUAAAUAUUUUGCAAUUUUUUAUUUCUGCAAUUUCAAUAAAAGAUUAAUGUGAAAUAAAAAAAUAGUCCUGUGACCAAGUCAGUAAUAUGCUAUAAUAACAACAAGUCACUAG